AUGGGUCAUACCAAUGCCAAGAAACAUUCACCUUCUCGCCGCAACCCACUGUCUUCAAUCAAGACGCCAUCUCACUAUCCUCCGGCUAACUCGGACUCCUCUCAAAAAGCUCCCGCAUCUUCACGAGUGCAACAUACAGCACGUACCAGAACUACAGGCUCAGAGGACGAAGAUGAAGAGGUGCGUCCAUCAAAGAAGAAGGCACAUCUGGAUCGAGAACCGGCUGACCACUGCAAGAAGAGAGCACUUCCAGCAAAAGAAAGCAGUGACGAAGACGACAGCAGUGAUUCAGGUAAGGAGGACGACGAAGAUAAUGGCUACUCACACGCAAAUAAGGAUACUGAUGAAGAUGAGGAGGUGGAGCUAGGUGAAGGUGAGAUGGAGAUUAAAGCUGAGAAUGAGGACGACAACGAGAAAGAGGAUGAGGCCCAUGCCCGAGGGCACAAGUGCAGAAGCACUGAGCUGGAUGAUCAGUCCGACUCAGUGUCACAUAAACACCAUUGCACCAAGAAGCUCGUGAGGGGUAUGGCCAAAAGACGUGAUCCGAAAGUAUUUCGUCCCCUCAAGCCGUACCAUGAUGCACUGCAGCUCGGCUUAAUCUCACAGCAAGAUGCCGAUGAACUCAAUCCGCAAAUGAUAGCCACCUUCAAUUCCAUGGACAAAGGUGAACAUGAAGAACUCAUUUACACUUUCGAAGCGAUUAUCACCUUCAUACCUGGUCUCAAGGAUCAGUUAGCAUACAUGGGAGAGGACAUUGAUGCCAUUGAUAUUCUUGGGUCCUACCUCAAUCACUAUGCCACCGAUGCUCGUGGUGAUCACCUCGGCUCUCUUUGGGAGCACAUCAUCAACUACAUACCAGAUUUCGGUGACGGAUACUCUACAUUGAAGCCACAAGAUAGCAAAUGGAAGCGUGGUUUCCAGAGCACCACAACCGGCCGCCUGCUUUGCCCCCAGUCCAUGCUUUCGGAUUUUCUAGCUGAACCUGACAGUUUCUGCCGCCAAGUUCACGAUGGUGAGAUCGAUGUCACUUCUGACAAAUUUCCAUUGUUUCUGUAUGAUCAAGAUCUCUAUGAUCCCGAUGAAUUGGAUGCAGGGUUGCUUAAAGGCCCAGUGCUUCUCUCGUGCUUCAAGUCCUUAAUUACAGGUCCCGGUAGUGCAUCAUCAAACUGUGGAGACCGCGAGGACGGGAGCAGCAGACCCGGAUGCCCACCUCUCGCAAAAAAGUACGAUAUAACUCACAUCAGUCCUAGGAGUAUCGCAUACAUGGCAGUCCUGGUCUGCUUCCUCUUGAACAGCCAGCACUCAUGGUCCAAUAUUGACGUCAACUUCAAUCUCAAAGAGUUCUUCUUUGAAAUUCUCCGGCUCUUCCAGGAUGAAGAAUGGGGGGAAGCCACGUUAGAUUGGUGGAACAAAUCGGUGUUCAGUACACCUGCAAAGAGCGCAAAAAAGAAAACCCGGCCGCAAUCAGCAAUUGCUGAGUUGAAGGCUCAGUGCGCAGCUCGAGCAGCUGCGCAAUCCGUGGCCUCAUAG